AUGGCCCAGUCCCCAGCCCUGGGCCUGAGGGCUCAGCCCAGGGCCAGCCCCAGCAGCAGGAGAGCUAAGCCUCCUAAAGAACAAACAAGUGAAAAUUUUGUCUCGGCUCGCAGACAGAAAGAAAAGGAACUCCUGGAAUAUACUGGUUUCUUAAAGCUUCACAACCAGUGUCGCAGCGUCCAUGAGUGGCAGCAACGCAACGAACAAAAAUGGCUCCACGGCGUUGUGCAGAGAAAGGUGGAUGCGACGAUGCAGGAGUACCUGGCAGGGACUGAUGAGAGACGAGAGAGGCUUCGUGAGCUUCUGGAGGCAGAGGAAAGUAGGUACUUGGCUGAGAUGGAGUCACUUGAAGAAACAGUACUGGAGAAACAAGAGAAAAUGAGGAAGCGAGCAACACUACUGAGAGAGAAGAGAGAAAAAGAAAGACAACAACUGGUGGCUGAAAAGCGAGAGCAGCAAUUCAGAGAACAAUGCGAGGAGCUUCGCGUACAGCAGACGAAGAAGCAUCAGAAGGAAUUGCGUGAAGACCAGCUGGCCCAGCUAGCUCUGAAGGAGGAAUUGAAAAAGCAACAGAAGGAGGAGGAGCAGAUGUUUGCAGGGCUUUGGAUAGAGGAGAGGUUGGCUAAGGAAAAGCGAGAGGCGGCGGAGAUGCAGAAAUCAGCAGAACAGAGUCGGGAAAUCCUGAAUGCGCUCAGUGCCCAGGUAGCGGUGCUCAGUGCUCACAGAGAGGAGGUGAAGCGGCUGAAGGAAGAAGAGGCUCGAUUGCUGGAAGAAGAGCAGCGACUGCUUAAGCUAGAAAAGGAACAACUUCAGAUGGAGAAACUACAGAAACAGAAGGAAUGCAGGGAUACGCUGCUCAGUGCAGCGCAGGAGAAGAAGAAUCGUCUUAAUGAAGAAAAACAAAGUGAACUUGCCCUAGAGAUGAAGAUCUUGGAAAAAUCUCUUCAGGAACCCCAGGAAGACGCUGAGGAGAAAACAAAAAGAAAACAAGAGCUGCUCAAGGAGCAACAGACUUACCUGGCACACUUGGCUCGACAGCUGGAGGAGGAGAAACAGCGAGAAAAAGAAGUGGACAAGCUCCUCAAAGAAGAGAUGGCGAAGGUUUGGGCCAAGAAGGCUGAGCAAACGCGAUCAGAGAAGGAGGCUAGGAAGCAGCUACUGAAAGAUGUCCUGGAUAAAAGACAACUGCAGCUAGAGGAGAAGUUGCAGAGAAAUGCAAAGGAACAGGAAGAACUUGUUCAAGAGAGGAAGUUAUUAGCUGAAGCAAUCACAGAACUCAAGCAUAUAGAAGAAGAAAAAUAUGCGAGAAAAGUAAAGGAAGCAAAAGAAUACCAAGAGCAACUCAGGGCUCAAAUUGCCUAUCGACAACAGGCCCGUGAUGCUGAGGAAGAAGAGAAGCGUCGAGAAUACGAAUCAGGUCUAGCAGCAGAGAGAGCUUACCAAGAAAGGGUACAGGACGUUCUAGCAAGGCCUUGUGAGAAACUAGCAAAGACCCACCCUUUGAGAAGAAAACUAAUGUCUAACUCUCAAGAAGACCAUCUACAAUGA